CCAAACCCUAUUUUAGCCCUUUCUUUCCCUUUUUUCUUCAUCAUCAUCAUCAUUCAACAUGACUGCUGGCACUGUUUCCACCACCAACGCUGAAGAUAUCGCUUUUGCUCGUGCCCUUCACGGCAAGGAAAUCAAAUCCGGCCUUUUAGCUAACCUUUCUUCCAAAAAUGCCGAUGUCCACAAUGUCGCGACAGAUACUUACCUCAAGAUGUGGAACAAGUCAGACAAGGAGGACGAAGACAAGAGACUUCACAGCUACACUCAACUUGUCAACUCUUACUACAACUUGGCCACCGACUUUUACGAAUAUGGUUGGGGUACCAGUUUCCAUUUCUGCCGUUAUUAUCCUGGUGAAGAAUUUUUCCGUGCUAUUGCGCGCCACGAACAUUACUUGGCUGCAAAUAUCGGUAUUCAGAAAGGCAUGAAGGUGCUUGACGUCGGUUGUGGCGUUGGUGGUCCCGCUCGUGAAAUUGCUCACUUUACCGGUGCUCACGUUGUCGGUCUCAACAACAACGCGUACCAACUUCAACGUGCCACUCAUUACGCUGCCAAGGAAGGCUUGGAGAAUCAAACCGACUUUAUCAAGGGUAACUUUAUGGAAAUGCCCUUUGAAGAGAACAGCUUUGAUGCGGUGUAUGCUAUUGAAGCUACUUGCCAUGCACCUACCUUUGAAGGUGUUUACGGCGAGAUUUUCCGCGUGUUGAAACCCGGAUCCAAGUUUGGCUGUUACGAAUGGUGUAUGACGGACACUUAUGAUGAAGAGAACGCCAAGCACCGAGAAAUCGCUUUCGGUAUCGAGAAAGGCAACGGUAUUCCCAAGAUGCGUCCUAUUGGUGAAUGUUUGCAAGCAUUGAGGAAUGUCGGUUUCGAAAUUGAAUUACAUUGUGAUUUGGCCAACAUGGGCGACCGUAUCGCAUGGUACUAUCCAUUGGAGGGUGAUUUGCGAAAAUGCCAGACUCUUCGUGACGUGUUGACGACCUUGGCCAUGACCAAGGCUGGCCGUUUCACUACGACCAACAUGUGCCGCGUCUUGGAAAAGAUUGGUUUGGCCCCCAAGGGCACCGUGGAAACUCAGAAAUUCUUGGAAGUCGCAGCCGAUGCACUUGUCGCCGGUGCACAACAAAACCUUUUCACCCCCAUGUUCUUCUUCGUUGCCAAGAAGCCCGCCAACUAAAAAAAAAAAAAAAACAUGUUGAUUUCACCACUCAUCCCCGUCCCCUCUCUAAAAAAAAUAACAAUUGGUCAUUUCUCUUCUUUUGGUUACUAUUUAUCACUUAUGUUUUUACUUAUAAAAGAAACGCGUAAUACGAUUAUUAUUA